AUUCGGACUCGGGCCAUCAGCGCGCCGAGAAAGAUACAGAGAUUCGCUUUUUUUUUCGCCGGUAUAACAGACGCAGCAGCAGUACGUAUCGUAUACCUGCGUACUCGCACAGUCGCGUCCAGUCGGUCAGUGCUGCAGCCCUUGUCGCGAGAGAGCUGCGCGCGAUAUACACACUAUAUACUUACUGUGCAGCACAGGCACGUCGUAAACAUAAAGAGGGAGAACGAGGACCCCCUCCUCGGUUUUUCGGCUGACGAAAGAGACGGUCUUUUUCGCGCGCGCGCACAGUUCGGAGUAGUUGUCGGCGGUGCCUCGUGAAAAUCGGACGUGCGCGUGCGAGGAGAAAGAGAGAGAGAGAGAGAGACGAGUGAGUGAGGCUCUCGAGAGAGCUUCGGUUCGUCUAGUGAUAAACCUUUGGAUCGAGUAUUUCCUAAUUCAGGAUGUCGAAGUCGUCGGGGAGCUUGAAGGGCAGCACGAAGGGCAGCAUAAAGGGCAGCAUCAAGGAUGGAGAAACGAAUAACGGGCCGUACGACAGCCCCGGUGUUGGCGGCGACGAGAUCAAGCUCGAGGCGAAGAUGUCCCUGAUGAACGGGGUCACCGUCAUCGUAGGAUCGAUCAUUGGAUCGGGGAUCUUCGUCAGUCCCUCCGGUGUGCUGCAGUACACCGGCAGCGUUAACGCCAGUCUACUCGUUUGGACGGCCUCUGGCCUCUUCUCGAUGGUCGGCGCCUACUGUUACGCGGAGCUCGGCUGCAUGAUACGGAAGUCCGGCGCGGACUACGCCUACAUCAUGGAGACGUUCGGCCCAUUCAUGGCCUUCAUAAGGCUCUGGAUCGAGAGUAUGAUCGUGAGGCCCUGCAGCCAAGCGAUCGUCGCGCUCACUUUCAGCACGUACGUCCUAAAGCCAUUUUUCCCCGACUGCGAGCCGCCCCAAGACGCAGCGAGGCUUUUAGCCGUCUGCUGCAUAUGUGUGCUGGCCUUCAUCAACUGCUGGGACGUCAAGUGGGCGACGCGUGUGCAGGACAUCUUCACCUACGCCAAACUCUUGGCUUUGUUCGUAAUCAUCGGUGCGGGUGGUUAUCAGCUGGUUAAUAAGCAAACGCAGCACUUUACGUUCGACGGCACGACGACGGAAGUCACGCAGAUAGCCCUGAGCUUCUACUCGGGCUUGUUCGCCUACAACGGCUGGAACUACCUCAACUUCAUCAUAGAAGAGCUGAAGGAUCCCGUGAGGAAUCUACCACGAGCCAUCGCCAUCUCCUGCACACUGGUAACCAUCGUCUACGUUCUGACUAACGUAGCUUUCUACACGACGCUCAGUCCUAACGAAGUUUUGAACAGCAAGGCUGUCGCAGUCACCUUCGCCAAUCGACUAUUCGGCCCAAUGGCCUGGACGAUACCGGUGUUCGUUGCCCUGUCGACUUUCGGCGCGGUCAAUGGCAUCCUGCUUACAUCAUCGAGGCUCUUCUACGCCGGUGCGUGCGAGGGACAGAUGCCUGAGAUCUUGACGAUGAUACAGACCUCGAGAAUGACACCCACGCCGGCUGUGAUUUGCAUGGCUCUCCUGUCCAUGCUAUACUUGUGUUCGUCCGACAUUGUGGCUCUCAUAAACUACGUCGGGUUCGCCACGUGGUUGAGCAUUGGAGUGUCGGUACUCUGUGUGCCGUGGUUGAGAUGGGCUCAACCGAACUUGCCUAGACCCAUCAGGGUUAAUCUUGCUUUCCCCAUCGUCUACAUCCUCUGCACGCUCUUUGUCACUAUCGUGCCAAUGUACUCGAGUCCGGUGGAAACAGGCUACGGAUGUCUGAUGAUUCUCUCUUCAGUACCUGUCUACUUUGCCUUCAUCGCUUGGAAAAACAAGCCCAAGUUCUUCCAGAAAAGUGUCGGCGCCGUUACCCAAACUUUGCAGAAGAUGAUGGUGGUCGUCGGACCAAAUAAGACACAGUAAGUUUCACGAAGUUUCUGCAGAAGGUAAUCCUGGUUGUGGGCAAGCCGAAGCCCGCGAAAAUUUAAGCGGCCUAUGAGAAAAAAGAGGCGGGAGAUGCAUCGACACAAGCAGCGAAUAUUCUUAUGUAAAAACAAGAUAUGCGCAACAGUCGAAACGUGAGAGAAAUUCGAUAAACGAGCAAAUUACAAAAGCUAAAAUAAACGUCCGACAUCAACUGUCAGCCAUCGAUUGAAAGAGGACAUCUCGUGUGUCGGUCGGUAGGAUGAAAGAAAUAAAUAUUAUAAAGCGUAGUAGAAUAUUUUUGAAAAUCACGUUUGACAGCUUUGUUGUUGAUAUAAAGAAACAGCUAUAAACAAUUUUAUCAAAUGUGUGUUUAUCGAGCCACAGCGUACACUUUUUACUCUGCAUGGUAUACUUAUACUGGCUCGAGAUGAAAUAUUUUUCUGUGAGCAUUAUUGCUCCAAAGAAGAUUCAAGCACUAAUACAAAUGUGAAAAGAGAAAAAGUGUACGCGACGAUAACUCGAUACAGUCGAAUAAUGUAAUAUGUCCAAGCGAUAUAUAAAUGGUUUUCGUGUGAUUGGGGUGGCCAAUUUCUCUGGUGGAAGCGAACUUGUUAUUAGCAUUCUACAGUGAGUAAUUUUUGAAGCUGUUAUCACUUGAAUAUUCUAAUGGUAGAUAUGAUUCCAGCAGAGAAAUUUGUUACUUUGACAAAUCCUCUAUAUUUUUCGGCGAUGAUUGACCGUUUUAUGAUAUUGUUGUUCUUCACCUGGUUGUGCGUUAUACUGGUUCCGAUUAAUAUCUGUUUAUUGUCGGACUAUAGAGGAAUGUGUAAGAAGAAGUGAUGACUCGCGCAGUUUUAUUGAUUUUCGACUGGAGACAUUUGAAUUUUCCUUAGAAGAGAGAUAGGUGAUUUUUAUAUAUUGAACAAAAUUAGUAUUUCAGUGAUAAAGGAAGUGUUGCAUAUCGCGAUCACUUGAUAAUUUUCUGGCAACCAUUUCAGUCUCGCCAAAAACUACAAUCAUAUCAAAUUUCUUACGUGAUCUACCGAAUUCGAGGAAAAAUUACAAGUGAUCCGAAUUUGCAAGACUUUUCAUGAAUUUAGUAGCAUUGAAUAAUUUUAACGUAAUCGAUUACCAAUAUAUCAAAUGCAGAAAUAAUGUAUUGCAUGCGCAUGAGUGGUUCGUUACGGUUUUUUUAACGCGCUUUCGAUGUGGGCUUUUUUAUUAAGAAAUCAGAACAAAAUAUUACACUUGAAUAGUUGCUCGCCUUAAAUUGCUUGUCGGUAAUACAAAAGAGUUUUAAAUGCUUGACCGAACGAAAUUUUCGACUACUGCCAUUUUCUCAAAACCGUACAAUAAAAUCUUAUUGAGUUCUUUCGCGAAAGAAGAUGAGAGAAACGUGAACAAUUUACUAAUAUGGUUCUAAUAAUCUAUAAUAUAUAUUAUACAUAUAAACGCUUCCUUUGAGCGCAAGAACGACGCAUAAUUUAUUAUACUGUAAUUGUUAUAUUGUAUGUUACUAUAAUAGCUGGAGCUAAGAACAUUCCGACUAUAAUGUUUUAACAAAAAUGCAUUUGUACAUAUAUACUAUAUAUACUAGAGAUUGUCGAGAGGAUAAGCAAGCAACUUUACAUCAUCCGAUAUGUUAUGAUUUUUAACGUUUAUUGCACAGGAUUUGCCCCGAUCGACGUUUCUUUUAAUUAAUUAAUUAUGAUUAUUUGAUUUUUACUCACUUUUUUAUCGAUAUUUUGUUUAAAAGGCGUAAGUAAUCGAUUCCACUUUGAUUUUACGUAAAUACGGCCGUUUUACAAUCAUACAUUUGAACUACGUAAUGUCAAAGUGGUCAAGGAUCAUUGUUGAUAUAAUAUGUAUGAUUUCUAUAAUUAGUCUUCAUUGACUUUCGUAAAUUUAUUAGAAUUCAUUUUUAGACUUACAACCAUAAAGAGUUUUAGUACGUAGCAGUAAAUUUUAGUACGUGUUAUAAAAGCUAGCGCUAAGUUAAACAAUUAUAUUCUUUUCAUAAUUAUUACACUUUAAAUCAUAAAAUUUUUAAUGCUUUCUUGAGCUUACGAAUCACUUAUACGAAUACGCAAGAAAAUGUUACUAGUUUUCAUUUGCCAUCGAACGUGUUUUGAUCAAAGAAUACAUGUCCUCUAUUGCCAUCUUAAAAAGUUAGACAUCAGAUACUUUCUAAAAUGGAACACAUUGUAUCUAACAAGUGCAAAACUAUAAUGUAUUAACAGAACCCGUUUGUACUUCACUGCGAACACGGAAAGUAUAUCAGAGUAGCAAAGCGGUAGUAGAUUAUGAAAACCAACUUUUUUGGUGGAACAUAUCCCGAGCGAAAAAAUUUCUAUCGGACCAAGUGAAACAUCAAAACUUAUACAUAUGUAUUCAAAUGUUUGACGAAGUACGCUUUUGUGUUUAACUUUAUCUUUUUGUUCUUUUUCAUAUAAAUUUUCGUUAGUGAAACGUUAGUUUAUAUUUUUUUUACAUCACGACAAAACAAUAGACUGAAUUAUCAAGAACUUCCCUUGCAUUUAGUUUGAAACAAUGAUUUUAAUGGCAAUAAUAAUAAUCAGCAAAAAGCGCUGCUAAGAAUGCUUAGAGUUUAGAUAUUUUUUUAUGAAAAAUAAUUAUGAAUCGAAAGGCUUUAUUUCUUGUAUGUAUCGUGUAUGCGAAACGAGCCAUUUCUGAAACUCAAAGACAAUAAGGCUUUGACUGAUCAUUAUAGAAUUAUCGUGAGUUGUGUGGAGGAUCAACGAUUUUUGAAAAUCAUUACAAUUAUGUGUCUAAUGGAUCAGGAAUCGAACUUUUAAUCGAAUCACAUUUUACUCGUAGCUAAAAUAAUUUCGUUAAUUAUUAUAAGCAUGUGAUUUAAUUUAUCAUUAAGAUUUUUGUACGCAGCAAAUAAUUGCUUUAUCAAAACUACGACAAUUUAGUUGUACUGAACAGUUGGCGACUUAUGAUCAAAAUUGAAAUUUUUGGGGAGAACAAACUUUUCUACACCUUAUAUUACUACAGAAAGCAUAUCCUAGUAGACAUUUUAAACGCAUAUAUGUCUAUAUCGAAAAGUUGUAAAUGCGACUCGAUUAAAACUAUUUUAUUCCACUAAAGAGUUGAAAGCUGAUUUUUGUAUACACGUGAUUACCCUAAAACAUUUCUGAAUUGCUGGUCUGUACAUUCAGUGUGUAUAAAAUUGUAAAACGUCGACGUAAUAAAUUCAGUAUGUCAAAGCUAAUGAAAUGAACAUGCGAUUAAGAGAAAAUUUAUCUUUUUGGGUGCACGUCUGAAGCUUAGUGAGUUAAGCUUACGUGACUACUGUAGCUUAGGAUCUGCGUAUAUACAAUUGAAAGAGAAUUACAAAUGAAUAAAAGAACUGUGACAA